GAUUUUUAAUCGAUGCUUAUGCUAGGAGGAGGACAUCAUUCUUCAUUGAGAAGGUCAUCAUUGUCUUUAAAUCUUUACCAGAAGCACAUAAUGAAAUAGCCGUUGUGUACCUCUCCCUAGCGUGGAAAUGUUUUCCGUCCAUCUCUCAUGCCCAGGAUCUGAUGGAUUAUUUGGAGGAGAAGAAGUUCAA